UGUAGUAUAAUGGUAGGGGCAUAUUCUUUUUGACUUGUGUAAAAAGAAACCUAAAAAGACAGUUCCCUUCACAGUUCAUAAUAAAGAAUUUGAAAGCACCGUGAGUUUCCGGUAGCAGAAUCGGAUCUCCCUGACGACGGCCCCUCUUCCGUUUUUUUUUUUGACAGGAACAAAAUGGAAGAUAUUCUAACGGAGAUUCCCCCUCCUUCAAGGUUUUUCCAAGAUGAUCUUAAUAAUUUCGCUCCUCCAUUACCAUCUCUUCCUUCCCCAUUUCUGUUGUUAUCCAAAUCUAAGCCUAAUGAACCUCUUCGCCCCUCUCUGCUUGUCAUUGCCAUUUCUUCCCCUUCUCUGCAUCUUUUCCAUCAUUUAUCUGCUAAAACCCUUAUUGGAAGUCUCAUCCUACCUGAAAUUCCUUUCUCUGGAAACCGUAUCCAGCCUUCGGUUGAUGACAAAUCUUGCAACAUUUAUUCCAUUGAUCAAGAUAAUGAACUAAUCAUUCUUGUCUCCGUCCAGUUUUCUGUUCCUGCAGAGAGAUCUUUCCUUAUUGCAAAGCUACUACUUGAUAAUAAAAUUAUUCCUGAGAGGGUUCUGAUCUUGGAUAGUCUUCAUAGCCAAAAUUUUCGGGGGAAGCUCUCACCUGAUGAGAUUUUUGCUUUCAAGCUGGAGACCUCUUCCGAAAGAAAGAGUAAAGAUGAGGGAAAUGGUGGUUCACUAAUGUUAAAAGGCCUGGAUUACUAUCCAUCGGGAAGUGUUGUAGAUGGCUUGGCUGCUGCUUUGCUUGGACGUUGUCAGAUGAAGAAUAUCAAGGGAGCCCUUUGUGUUUCCUGGCCAGAAUAUGGAAGCGAGGUGAUAUCUCUGCUCAAAUCUUUACUUCACCAAAAUGCGCUAUUGCAACCUAUAUUAGAACUUUGUACUGAAAGUAAUAAUGAGGACGAGUACAUGAACCGGAUUAAGGACCUGGAUUUAUACACCUGAAAGAGAUGGGUUGUCAGAUUACUAUUAUAUAUUCCUUGUAUGGUGCAUAGUGUUUCUUCUUUCUUUUUCACUGUGCUCCAGAAAAUGUAGACAUAGAUGGUAACGGAGAAGGUCGUUUGUAGAGAGGGAUGGAAUUCAAUCAUUGCUUCUUAAAGGCCAUUUCCUAAGGUUUAUGCUGACUGUUAUGGAAGGUGUUUGUGUAAUUCUUUUAGUGUCAGGCUGUUAGCUAGCUAAUACCAACGAUACAUUCAGCUUGUUAUGAUGCUUGAGAUGAUAUUUAUUCUAUUAAUACUUGCA